GUAGGCAUCGUGCACGCCCCGCAAGCUCCUCAAGACCCGCCUUCAUAAUGGCCAAAGUCGCCUCCGCCGGUAACAAGUACCGCAUGACGCUCGGUCUGCCGACCGGCGCCGUCCUCAACUGCGCCGACAACAGCGGUGCCAAAUCGCUCUUCAUCAUCGAGCCUUACGGCUUUGGCGCCCGCCUGAACAGGCUUCCCGAUGCUGGUGUCGGUGACAUGGUCGUCGCAUCCGUUAAGAAGGGAAAGCCUGAGUUGAGGAAGAAAACCAUGCCCGUCGUCGUCGUUCGCCAGCGGAAAGCAUGGCGCCGGAAGGACGGUGUCUUCCUCUACUUCGAGGACAACGCCGGUGUCAUUGUCAACCCUAAGGGUGAAAUGAAGGGCUCAGCCAUCACUGGCCCCGUCGCAAAAGAAUGUGCCGACCUCUGGCCACGUAUCGCCUCCAACGCCGGCACAGUUGUAUGAUUGUCUCAUUACGUACGGUGUUUGUUUGCAUUACGUUUCCUUUGUCUUCUCGCACUACUAUCAUGUGUCCACCACAAUGCACCAUGUUAUGAAUAUGACACAGCCACAUGCUUCACGCAUCUUGGAUUGCACUAUAAGAACAUCGGCCAUGACCGACGCCCCAG